AUGGCUUCACCUACAGAACCACCAACAAAACAAGCCAGCAACGUUGAUAUAGCCCCCAGAGAAUCGGGAUCUUCGAGCUCCUCUCACUUAAAGGGCCAAGGAAAUACCAAGCCCGGUACAAAAUGGUCACGGUUCCGUGAUUCCUUCAGGAAAAUGGAGGAACUUGAUCCCCUGGCCAAUAAAGAUAUGACAGAUUUGGAAAAGGCAGUCGCCGCCACCUCUAACGCUCACCUUAGCCGCUCCUUAAAAACCCGGCACUUACAAAUGAUCGCCAUUGGGGGAGCUAUUGGUACGGGGUUGUUUGUCGGAAGUGGUUCUGCUCUUAGAACUGGAGGACCGGCGGCUUUGCUUAUCGGCUGGAUUCUCGUCGGGACGAUGAUCUACUGUACGUUGGCCGUCACAUUCCCAGUCUCGGGUGCUUUUGCUGCAUACUCGACAAGAUUUUUGGACCCUUCCUGGGGGUUUGCCAUGGGUUCGCUCUACGCGUUGAACUGGCUUAUUAUUUUACCCUUGGAGCUUGUAGCGGCAUCGAUCACGGUCAGUUACUGGAAGUCGGACGUCAAUAAUGCUGCAUGGGUUUCCAUCUUCUACGUAUUAAUUCUCGCAAUUAACAUGUUUGGCGUAAAAGGCUACGGUGAAGCCGAAUUCGUCUUCUCUAUUAUCAAGGUGAUUGCUGUCAUCGGUUUCAUUUUCCUCGGGAUUAUUUUAAACUGUGGUGGUGGGCCCCAGGGUGGCUACAUCGGGGGCACUUUCUGGCGGGAUCCAGGUGCUUUCGCCAAUGGCUUCAAGGGUGUCUGUUCCGUCUUUGUUACUGCUGCGUUCGCCUUUACCGGGACUGAGAUGGUUGGGUUGGCUGCUGCAGAAUCCGAAAAUCCAAGAAAGUCUUUGCCUAAGGCGACAAAACAGGUUUUCUGGAGAAUCACCUUGUUCUAUAUCGUUUCGUUGACACUUGUGGGUCUCUUGGUCAGAUAUGACGACGAUCGCUUAAUUGGUACUUCCUCUGUGGAUGCCUCGGCCUCUCCGUUUGUGAUUGCCAUUAACAACGGUGGAAUCAAGGGGUUGCCUUCAGUGAUGAACGUGGUUAUUCUUAUUGCGGUGCUUUCUGUUGGUAACUCUGCCGUUUACGGCUGUUCUCGUACCUUAGCUUCCCUCGCAGCCCAAGGAUUAUUGCCACACUUCCUUGCCUAUAUUGACAGAAAGGGCCGCCCAUUGGCAGGAAUUGCCAUGUCAGCGUUGUUUGGGUUGUUGUGCUUUGUCUCCGCUUCUGACAAGCAGGGUGAGGUUUUUGCGUGGUUGAUGGCGCUUGUUGGUUUGUCAUCGUGCUUUACCUGGGGUUCUAUCUGUCUCUGUCAUAUCAGAUUCAGACAGGCUUUGACUUUCUAUGGAAGAGACACCAGCGAGUUGGCCUUUACCUCCCAGGCGACUGUUUACGGCUCCUGGUGGGGCUUCAUCAUGAACAUCUUGAUUAUGAUUGCACAGUUCUGGAUUGCGCUCUUUCCAUUGCACGAUAAUCCUGAUCCGGCCGUCUUCUUCAAGAACUACUUGGCCUUCCCGAUUGUGAUUGCAAUGUAUGUCGGUCACAAAAUUUACCUGAAGAACUGGAUUAUGUACGUAAAACUCCCACAGAUUGAUAUUGACUCUGGGAGAAGAGACUUGGAUUUGGACAAGGUGAAGCAAGAGUUGGCAGAAGAGAGACUAGAGCUCGCUCUGAAGCCAUUCUACUACAGGGUAUACAAGUUCUGGUGUUAG